AACAGAAGUGAGAAGUUGCAUUCAGCAGGAAGGGAACACCACACUUUCAAGCGAUUGCUUCUGUAUUGAGACAUAACGAAAAGUAACCAGCAUGAGUGUGGAUUAUAUUGAAUAUGAGGAUUACACCCCAGGCAAUGAAACUGAGAACAACAUCACAACUGAUUUACUGACUUCCAGAAGUUCGCAGUCUACUUUGUCUCAUGUUCUGGUAGCAGUCAAUAUCAUUAUAUCGGUUAUCGGUCUUGGAGGAAAUUUAUUAGUGAUAUGGAUCUGUGGAUGGAAAAUGAAAAGAACCGUCAUCACCACCUGGUACAUCAGUCUGGCCAUUUCAGACUUUUUGUUCUGUGCCUUUUUGCCCCUGGAAGUAUUCUACAUGAUCACCUCACACUGGCCGUUCGGCCUGGUGUUUUGCAAGCUCACCUCCUCUGCCCUGUUUCUCAACAUGUACAGCUGUGUGUUCUUGUUGGUUCUGAUCAGCGCCGAUCGCUGUAUAAUUAUUUCUUUUCCUGUGUGGUCUCAUAACCACCGGACAGUGCGGAAAGCAUUUGGAGUUGUUGUCCUCAUGUGGGUCCUUUCUGCAAUCCUGACGUUGCCCUCGCUGAUCUUCAGACAAACCAUAGUCCACGGCUCGGUCACCCAGUGCUACACCAGUUACAUGGGCAAUUCCAGACACAAGGCAGUGGUCCUGACCCGAUUCAUCUGCGGAUUCCUGAUUCCUUUCCUAAUAAUUGUGUUCUGCAGCACGGUGCUCUGUGUGAAGCUGAGAAGUUUGACCAUCAGGACAACAAAGCCUUACAAAGUCAUGACGGCGCUCAUCUUGUCAUUUUUCUUCUGUUGGGUCCCCUAUCAUAGCUUUGUUCUUUUGGAGGCAGACUUAAAGAACCACAGCCUUGAAGUUCUUCAAAAUGGCCUGAAGGUGGGGGCCACCCUGGCUGCAGCAAACAGUUUAAUUUCCCCAGCUCUCUAUGUGUUCAUUGGCAACGACUUUAAACAAAUCCUAAAGCGGUCUUUGACAUCGAGGAUAGAGGAGGCAAUGGUGGAGGAUUUCCGGACAGGUGGUUUCAAUCAGUCAAGGUCAAUGGAAAUUAUCUAAAUUCAAGUUUAAACCUUUGUCAUCAAUGACAAGGAUGGUUUCACUUUACAGAACAUGAUUAUAGAGCGGGUGAUAUUGACAAAAUCAUGUCAUGGCAUAUUUUACCUGUGUAUACUGUAAAUUCAUGUAUGUAUCAAGGAUUUACUUGUAAGGAUGAUAUAACCUCAUUGAUUUUUACACAAAAUAAAAUUUGCAUAACACAUUGAUUCAUUUGGACUGUGUUGGUAAGCUAUGGAUUAGCCUCAGACAUUAAUUCUUACCUUUUACUUUUUAAGAAAUAUAUAUAUAUAUUGUUAGUGUUUAUAUUGUUUUUAAGAGUGUGAAUAAAUUGAUUGUUAUUUUUGCAAACCCUGCAUGCUUCAAAUUGCCCCUUGCAGGACAAAUAAAGCAGGCUAUUUUGAAUUGAUUGAGCUGAUUUUGAACUAAAACAUAGUGAAAAGUCUAUUGGGCCAUCAAAACUUUUAAAUUAACAGCAUCCAAACACUGAAAUAAACAAACACUUGUAAUUGUAAUUAAUCUUAUAAUUAGUAAUUGAUGCAUAUUUACGUUUAUAAAAGAAAGUAAACAAAUGAGUGUUGUACUUACAUUUUUGUUACUGUAUUCUGUUCUGUAAAUUAAAACUUCCUUUUGAUUGAAUGUAGCCCUACUAGAAAGCAGUAGGCUACUGUUGUACUUAUUGUUGUAUUUGUUUUAUCUAAAGUCAAUUUAAUACAUUAAACUUGCUCUUAUUCAAUUUCUAUGUUAAAAUGGAAAAAAAAAAUGUAUAUGAACGUGGGAUCUCAUUCAUGUAUUAAGGGAA